GGGGGUGAGGAGGAGACUAACUGAGGAGGAGAUGGGCUGUACCUCUGCUAAACAGGUGUCUGCGGUGCCCAGCAGUGAGGAGGCCCAGAACAAAGGCUUCAGCAACGGGGACCUGGUGUCCGACGAGUACAAGAUGAAAGCGGUGGAAAAAGUCAAGUACAUGAGCGGAGAAGAGGGAGGAGUGGACGGCCAGGACAGCACAGAGAAAAGUGCUCUACUUGGUCAGAGUCAAAACCUGGAUGAAACAGGGUCAAAUGGAAACGGAAAAAUCCUGAGCAUCCACUCGUCGGAGAGUCAGCAGGAAUUCUUCAGGAUGCUGGACGAGAAAAUCGAAAAGGGCCGGGACUACUGCUCAGAGGAGGAAGAUAUGAUGACAUAGCGCUGCAGUGUUGUAUUCAUCAGUCCUUGUGUGAGAGGAACUGUCACUCUGGUGUUACCGACGGACCGGACGUGGUCUUAUCAGUCAUGUGGAAGGGGACUCGUCUCGAAUGUGGAAAAUGGAUUGACACCUUCCUGCUCGUCUGACCAACCCGAGAGGAAAAGAAUACGACUGUAAACGGUACCAUAAGUUCUGCAGUGGGAUUUAGGUGAACCUCCUUCAUGAAGCCGUCACACUUGGGAUUCUGGGAACUCUUGACUGGAAGGUUGGCUUCCUAUUGGAGGAUGGAACACCCAGACUGUGACGGAGCGGUGAUCCUGUGGACACGGCCUCUUUGUGACAAUAACGUCUCUAUCUGCAUCGCAUUUACUCUCGAAUGCCUCGGAUUGGGUUUUUGCAUUCCAAACACAGUA